AUGAAUAAAUAAUUCAUAAUAUUUGCUUUGUUGCUUGCUUUAGCAACUAGUCAAACCUAUAGUAUAACAUCAUGCACAUGUGCAUAAUUGUUAUCAGAAGGAGAUUGUAUAAAAAAUGCCUCUCUUGGCUGUUCAUGGGAUAGCACAAAGAAAGCUUGUGCAGUUUCUACUACUCCAGUCACUCCAACAGUAACCUAUGCAGCAUAUUGUGAUACAUUUGCUGAAGCAGAUUGUCCAAAAGCUAAACCCUGUACUGAUUGCGGUAACUAUGCUGCUUGUGCCUGGGUUCAAGGCAAAUGCACAUACUUUACAGGAUGCACUGCUUUUUCAAAAACAUAAGAUAAUGAAUGUUAAGCAAUAAGUAAUAGAUGUAUUACAGAUGGAACUCACUGUGUCGAGGUUGAUGCUUGUAGUACAUACAAAAAACAAGCACCUUGUAAGAAAAAUGCUGCUGGAAGCUUGUGCUAUUGGGAUACAACAAAUAACACUUGUGUAGAUGCUAAUACCUGUGAUAAAUUACCAGCAAGUUUUGCUACAGAUAAAGAAUGCAGAGAUGUCAUAUCAACUUGUACAACAAAGACUGGAGGUGGAUGUGUUGAUAGUGGAAAUAAUUGUAGUGAUUAAACUUUAGAAAUUCAAUGCGUUUGGAAUAAAUUAAAAUCAGUUGCAUGUUAUUGGGAUGGAGCAGCUUGUAAAGACAGAAUUUGUGAUAAUGCACCAGCUACAUUAACAACUGAUGAGACAUGUAAGACUUUUAGAGCUGACGGAACAUGCACAACAAAAGCCAAUGGAGGAUGUGUUACUAGAACUACUUGUGCAGCUGCUACUAUCUAAGCUGCCUGUAUUAAGAAUAGUUCAAAUGGAGAUUGCUAUUGGACUGGAACUGCAUGUGUUGAUAAGACAUGUGCAAAUGCACCAACCACAAUGACAACCAAUUCAGCUUGUGCUGGAUUUGUGACAGGGUGUAUCACUAAAACAGGAGGAGGAUGUGUUUCCAAUGGUGCUUGUUCAGCUGCCAACAUUUAAGCCGCUUGUGUGAAAAAUACUUCCGGUACUGAUUGCAUUUGGGAUACAACAUGCAAAGAAAAGACUUGUGCCAAUGCACCAACAACAAAUAAUACUCACGAUUUAUGUACAUCUUACUUAUCAUCAUGUACCGUUAAAACAGGAGGUGGAUGUUAAAAUAGAACUUGUGCAAAUGCUCCAACAACAAUAACAACAAACGAUGCCUGUGAAGCAUAUUUACCUAAUAAUAAUUGUAUUACAAAGACAGGAGGUGGAUGUGUAGCAAAUACUACAUGUGCAGUAAUUACUUUAGAAGCUGCUUGCAUAAAGAAUAUAUCUGGAGCUACUUGUUUCUGGGAUAGUGCAAGUUCAACUUGUAAGGAUAAAACUUGUGUCAAUGCUCCAUCAACUAAUACAACUCAUGAUUUAUGUGUUGCCUUUUUAUCAACUUGUACAGUAAAUUCAACUAAUGCAGGUUGUGUUGAUAAAACAUGCGAUAAUUCAUUGGUAUAAACUAUUUGUGACAAAGAUUUGAAUAAUAAAGCUUGCAUUUGGAAAGGAAAAUGCUAUAAAAAGGAAUGUGUGUUAGCUUCAUCAACCACAGCAACUCAUGCAGAUUGUUAAACUUAUGAUUCUGGUUGUACCUUGAGUAAUACAGGUACUGGAUGUGUUCCAUUACCACUUAAAUGUGAAGCUAUCACAAUUGAAGCAGCAUGUAAUAUUAGAUUAUAAGUUACAAAUGGAGUUAAAUCAUACCCUGUAUGUGGUUGGAAUGGUUCAUAGUGUAUUGAUAAGGCUUGUUCCACUGCCCCAAAAACAACAGCAACAACAGCUGAUUGUGGUACUUACAAAACAGGUUGUGUAGCUAAUAAUCCAGUUAAUGGAGCAAUUUAAGGAUGCUAAGACUUACCAACAACAUGUGCAGCUAGAAAAUCAACUGAAAAUUGUGAAAUCACAAGAGUUGGAUCACCAACAUGCUUAUGGAAUACUGCUACAUUAGCUUGUGUUGAAAAAUCUUGUACUACUGCUAGCAUUGCAACAACAACAGGAUUCUUGACAGUUUUUAGUUCUACAAAUUGUUCUACUUAUUUGUCUACUUGUAUUGCCAAUAACACAGCAGAUGGCUGCAUUCCAAAACCAUCAAGUUGUUCUUCUUUGACUUCAACUAAUUGCACAACUGGUUCAAAAGCAAAUGGAGAUUGUUAUUGGAAUGGUUCUAGUUGUGUUGAUAGAACAUGUGUAAACAUUCCAUUAUCCACUCACUCUGGUUGUUAAGGUGUUUUGAAUACAUGCACAACCAAUAAUGCAAAAACAACUUGUUAAAAUUUAGCUACAGCUUGUACUUCUUAUGGAUCAGCUGAAAAUUGUAAAAUAACUUCUGCUGGAAAAACUUGCAUAUGGACUGGAACAGCAUGUAGAAAUGCAACAUGUGCAGAUGCAGAAGAUAGCAAUACAAGAGAUAGUGAUUCCGAAUGUUUGAGUUAUCAAACUCCUUCUGAUACUUGUACAGUUUUAUACAAAACUGGCGGAGCAGGAUGUGUAACAAGAUCAGCUAAUUGCAGUGACUAUGUAUCAUAGGCAUAAUGUUAUAGAACUUUAUCUUCUAGUUCAGAUGACUGCACCUGGAAAUCCGCUUAUAGCAAAUGCUUUUCUAAUACAUAUCUUCAAGGUGCAUGUUCAACAUUCACAGGUACAAAAACUCAAUGUGAAUCUAUUAAAACAGGUUGUACUAACGCUGUAGGUGCUACAGAAUCAGAUGCUUGUACAUUCUCUUGUGCCUUAAUAACCCAAACAACUCAUGCCUUGUGUUAAGCAUAAAGCACCACUUGUACUGUAAAUCAAGCAGCAAAUGCAUGUUAAACAGUGUAAGCAACUUGUGCAGGUUAUGGAACAACAUAAGCUUCUUGUUCAUAUAGAACUGAUGGUUUGAAAUGCUUUUGGAAUGGUACUACCUGUGUAGAUAUUACAUCUGCAAAUUGUAGUGUUGUUGCAAGUUUGACAACUCCAAAUAAUGUUUAAGCAACUUGUUAAGCAUAUAAUACUGCCUGUCAUAUUAAUGGCACUCCUGAUGCAUGCUAAGCAUUACAAGCGACUUGUGCAGGAUAUGGAACAACAGAAGCUAAUUGUACAAAAAGAACUGAUGGUUUGGAAUGCCAUUGGGAUGGCACUAAUUGUGUAGAUAUUACAUCUGCAAAUUGUAGCGCCAUUACAAGUUUGGCUAGUCCAGAUAAUGUCGAGGCAACCUGUUAAGCUUAUAGCACUGCCUGUCAUAUCAAUCGUACUCCUAAUGCAUGCUAAGCAUACCUAGCCACUUGUGCAGCAUAUACAACAACAUAAGCUAAUUGUACAAAAAGAACUGAUGGUUUGAAAUGCUUUUGGGACGGCACUAAUUGUGUAGAUAUUACAUCAGCAAAUUGCGCUUCUCUUACAAGUUUGACAAGCCCUAAUAACACUCAUGCUAAUUGUUAAUCAUACAGUACUGCUUGUACCAUAAAUCAAGCAGCAAAUGCAUGCAUAGCAGUGUAAGCAACUUGUGCAGGUUAUGGAACAACAUAAGCUUCUUGUUCAUAUAGAACUGAUGGUUUGAAAUGCCAUUGGGAUGGCACUAAUUGUGUAGAUAUUACAUCAGCAAAUUGUAAUCUUCUUACAAGUUUGACUAGUCCAAAUAAUGUUGAAGCAACUUGUUAAGCCUAUAGCACUGCCUGUCAUAUUAAUAUUGGUGGAACCGCAUGCUUUGCUUUUACCACAUGCGAAGCAAUCACAGGAUCAAAUAUUUCUUGGGCUACUUGUUAAGGUUACAGUACUACUUGUAGUGUAAAGAGAGAUGGAUCUGGUUGUGUAACCAACCAAGCAUAAUGUUCAGGGUAUACUACGAUUGUCAAUUGUUAUAGAUCAACUGCAGGAUAUUGUACUGCUAAUACUGCUGAUACUGCCUGCCAAGCUAUAACAGCUACAACUACUUGUGAAUCAAUCAAAUUAGGAGCAACAUUUAGUUUUGAUGACACAAAAUGUAAUACUUUCAAAGCUGGUUGCAUAGCAUAAGGAACAACAGGAUGCUAAACUAAAACAUGCGCUAAUAAAACAACAUCAUUUACUCAUUCAGAUUGUAAUGGUUGGUUGAAUACUUGUACUGCCAAUGCAGCUUCAUCACCAACUGCAUGUGUAACAUUGCCAGCCACAUGUGCCAGUUAGACUGCAGCAGCAUGCGUUUGGGCAGUUGAAGGAGAAUGUGUUGUCUCAGGAACAUCUUGUGUCAGAAAAACCUGUGAUACUGCAACAGCAGAUACAAGCUAUGAUUCACAUGCUGAAUGUAUUACAUAUCUAUCUACAUGCACUGUCGCAAGAGUUGGAGGUUGUUAAGCAAGAGCUGCUUGUUCAGCAUAUAAAUCCAGUUAAUAAUGUAAAUUCAAUACAAGUGGUGGAAAAUGUUUCUGGAAUCCAACUAAUAAGGUUUGUGUCGAUUUGAAUUGUGGUAAUAUUGAAGCAACAACUUCAUAUGACACUCAUGCUGAAUGUGUAGCAGUUGAUCCAGUCUAACUUUGUACAGUUAGAGCCACAAAUGGAGCAGCUGUUGCUGGUUGUACUGCUAGAGGAGCCUGCAGUUCUUAUUAAAUUGAAGAUUAAUGCAAGACUAAUUCAAGUGGAGGUGUUUGUGUUUGGAAUACAAAUUUAACUACUCCAGUUUGUUAAGAUAAAUCAUGCACAACUGCUCCAACUGCAACAGCAACUCAUACUGAUUGUGAUACCUACUUCACCUCCGCUACCAUUAAAUGCACAGUAGUUGCAACACCAGAUACAAAUGGAGGUGCACCAGUUUUAGGAGGUUGUCAAUAAACAGCUGCCUGUUCUACUUACAUUCAUUAAGAAUAAUGCAAAUUCAAUGCUACUGGAGGUGCUUGUGGAUGGAAUGGUACUUAAUGUGCAGAUAAGUCAUGUGCUACUGCUCCUGCAAGUACAGAUUAUGAUGAUAAUGAUAAAUGUAGAGCAUACUUUAAUAAUGCAUGUACAGUCGCAUCAUCGGGAUAAGGAUGUGUUGAUAUACCAGAUACAUGUGAAACUAUGACUGAAAAAUAAUGUGUUACUGAUAAGAAUGGAAAAUCCUGUUAUUGGAAUGGAACAGCUUGUAUUACUAGAACUUGUGAAAAUGCUCCAGAAGCAACAGCUACUGCUGAUGAAUGCAAUACUUAUUUAGCUGGAUGUACUUUAGAUUCAGUAAAAUGUAAGACAAAAGUUUGUGAAGAUUUUGCUUUUGCUACUGAUGCUUUAUGCAAAUAAGCAUUGAGUACUUGUACAACAAAUGGUACAAAUUGUGUCACAAGAGGAACAUGCUUCUAAGCUUUAAGUCAAGCUGGUUGUGUUACUUCAGUUUCUAAUCAAUAAUGUGAAUGGAUGUCGGCUGUUGGUACCAAUGCAGCUUAUUGUACAAUCAAGACUUGUAAUACUGCCCCAGUUACAUUGACUUCAGAAGCAGCUUGUGCAGGUUAUUUCACUAAUUGUACAACAAAGAAUGGUGGUGGAUGUGUUACUAAGUCUACUUGUUCAGCUGCUAAUAUUGAUGCUGCUUGUACUACCGCCCUUAAUGGAACUGUGUGUGCUUGGGAUAGUGCAUAAAAUAAAUGCAGAGAUAAAGAUUGCUAAGAUUUCAGUGGAACUACUCAUGCCGCAUGUCAAACUUAAAGGUAAGGAUGUACUGCUGGUGCCAAUGGAAAAUGUGCUAGAGUUUAAAAUUGUGAAUAAACUACUAUCAGAAGUGCUUGCAUUGAAGGAACUAAUGGACCAUGUUUGUGGAUUAAUGAUUAUGUAAAUACUGAUGGAUCAAAAGGUGCUUGUUUCAGAUAUACAUCAUGCAAGAGUUUGUCUUGGAAUUCAGAUACAUAAUGUAAAUGGAUUAGUAACUAAUGUACAACUAAUGGAUCUAAUUGUGUUGGAAUUACAUUAUGUUCUGAAACAAAUACUGAUGGUGGAUGUGUUACAGGAUAUGAUGGAGCUUGUAUUCAAUCAGUUCCAGCUUUGAAUUCUUCAGAUCCAAAGGUUUGUAAACCAUAUACAUCUUGUGCUGAUGCCUUCUACACAACUCAUUCAGAUUGUUAAAUUGCCAAUAAGAAGUGUACAACAAAUGGAACAACUGGUUGCAUUGCAUUAGGUGCUUGUUCAUCUUACACUACAUAAGCAGGAUGUUAUUUCAAUGAUAAAGGAUCUGUUUUAACAUCUGGAGCCAUUACUUCAACUGGUAUUUGCACUUGGGAUACAACUGCUAGUAGUUGCAGAGAUUAAUCCUGUGCUGAUUUAACUGGAACAACACAUGCAACAUGUUCAUCAUAAUUAUCAACAUGUACAUCAGAUGGAACAACAUGUUUAGUCAAAGGAGCAUGUUCCUCAUACACUACUUAAACUGCUUGCACAACAGCUGUUGGAUCUGAUGGUAUUUGUUAUUGGGAACUUGCAUCUGCUACAAAUAAUAACACAGCUAAAUGUAGAUUACUUGCUUGUGCUGAUAUUCAAAAUGGUACAUCAACCAAUGUUUGUUCAGUUGCUUUAUCAUCAUGUGUUUCAAAUGGAACUGCUUGUAUUUCAAAAGCUAAUUGUUCAACUUAUACAACUAAGACAGCAUGUAAUUCAGGUGGAUUAGAUGGUAUUUGUGUAUUCACUUAAUCAACUGCUACUGGAGCUGCUGCUGGUACAGGAACUUGUGCUUUAAUGACAGCAUGCUCAACUGCUAAUAAUGAUUAACUUGCCUGUUAAGCUGCCAAAGAUAGAUGUUCAUGGACUGCAGCAUCAGGAACUGGAACAACUGCAGUUGCUAGUAAAUGUGCAACUCAUACUUGUGCUACAAACUAAGCUACAAAUGGAGCAUGCACAAGAUUUUUAAAUUGGGAUAAAAAGACUUAAUAAAUUUGUACUCUUGUUAGUGGAACAUGCACAGCCACAGAUCCAUCAACUUUAUCAUUAAAUGAUUGUUUCUUGGUUUCUGGAUAUACAUAUACUUGGAAUGCAUCUACUAGCAAAUGCGGAGUUUGCACUGCUGUUGUUGUUUAACCAAAUGAUACAAAUAAUAAUACAAACAACACAAAUAAUGAGACAACAACUGAUUCAGGAUACAUUCUUGGAUUAUCAUCAAUCAUUUUUGGAUAUCUCAUGUUCUGA